CUAAAAACACCCAAGAAUGGCUAAGAGCAAAACAUUGGACUAUUCUGAAGUGGCCUUCUAUGGGCCCUGAUCUAAAUCCUAUUGAACAUCUGUGGAAGGAACUGAAACAUGCAGUCUGGAGAAGGCACCCUUCAAACCUGAGACAGCUGGGGCAGUUUGCUCACAAGGAGUUGGCCAAAAUGCCUGUUGACAGUUGCAAAAGUCUCAUUGAAAGUUACAGAAAUCGCUUGAUUGCAGUGAUUGCCUCAAAAGGUUGUGCAACAAAAUAUUAAGUUAAGGGUACCAUCAUUUUUGUCCUGGCCAGUUUCAUUAUUUUUUUUUUUUUAAAUUAUUCUGGUUUUUUAUUUCAGUACAUUUGUAUUUAUUAUUACUUUUGUCAGUUUCAAGUUAUUUCAGUGACCAUUGUGGGUUUUUUCUUUAAUGGAAGGGUACCAACAAUUUUGUCCGGGUCUGUAUAGUCCAUGAAUGCCAUCCCAUCAACCUAAAUCUUUUAUAAAAAUUCUACCCAGAAUAAUGGGGGGAGACACUGCAAAAGAACAAUGUGUAAAGCUGGUACUUUCACUUCAGAAUACUUAAGGAUGUUAUUUAGUAGAGAAACAACUUAUUUAGCCUUUAGACAUAUGCUACAAUAUAAGUGUUCAGAUAAAUAUGUCAGUAUCUUUUGGAAACCAGAAAAUAGUGAUGACUUCAGAGGGGUUGAAUACUUUUGCAAGCCACUGCACUUAAACAGGCCUCCAAAGGCAAAACGCGUAGCCUAGUUAAAUGUAGCAUAUGGUCUAGGGGUCUAGGCCCAUAGCAUAACAUUCUUCUUUAUACCUGUGACUGUGACUUAAGUCACACUGAAGUUUUCACGGAUCAUCUGAGGCGAAUGUGCUCUGCCCACCUCCCGUUUAAUUCAACAGCUUCUGGAGUCUAUAUAAGCAACGCGUGGUAUGGCACUGAGUAAAUCCACUUGAGGACACUCCGGGAACAAUUGCAAGGAAAAGUCUGCCUGUUACCUCGAAACUGAAUUUCUUCAAGGCAGAGACGGCCAUAGGAGAUGGCGGAUCGGGCAAAUCAUGUCAACAUACAGGUGGUUGAGGACAUGGGCACCAAUGGCCUGGUAGGGCCAAAGGUCAUCACUAUGGAAACAGGCAAGACUCAGCGUGGUGCUGUUGUCAGCUUUCACAACAUCCAGUACAAAGUGGAACUCAAGAGUGGACCCCUAUGUAAAAGGAAGACCACCGCUAAGGAGAUACUUGUAGAUCUCAGUGGGAUCAUGCGACCUGGUUUAAAUGCUAUUUUAGGACCCACAGGAAGCGGGAAGUCUUCGUUCCUGGAUGUGUUGGCUGCCAGGAAGGACCCAACAGGUCUCUCAGGAGAAGUGUUAAUAGAUGGAGCACCCCAGCCCCCCAACUUUAAGUGCCUGUCUGGCUAUGUGGUCCAGGAUGAUGUGGUGAUGGGAACGUUGACUGUUAGGGAGAAUCUGCGUUUUUCCGCAGCGCUGCGUCUGCCCGCCUCAGUGGACCAGAGGGAGAAGGAGACGCGUGUCAACCGGCUCAUCGAAGAGCUGGGACUCAGCAAGGUGGCUGAUUCAAAGGUGGGCACCCAGCUGAUCCGGGGCAUCUCUGGAGGAGAGCGUAAAAGGACCAACAUUGGCAUGGAGCUGAUCAUCGACCCCUCUGUUCUGUUCCUGGAUGAGCCUACCACUGGUCUGGACGCCAGCACAGCCAACUCAGUCCUGCUGCUGCUUAAGAAGAUGGCUAACCAUGGACGCACCAUUAUAAUGUCUAUCCACCAGCCGCGGUACUCCAUCUACCGCCUCUUUGAUUCCCUUACCCUGCUGGUCAGCGGCAAACAGGUGUAUCAUGGGCCAGCCCAGAAUGCACUGGACUACUUUGCUAAUAUAGGUUACGCAUGUGAGGCACAUAACAACCCGGCAGACUUCUUCCUGGAUAUCAUCAAUGGAGACUCCACGGCAGCCACCCUUAAUAAGAUGCAUACCUCUGGAGAGUUAGACUUUGAGGAAGGAAGCAGCAACCGACGGAGUAUUGAGGACCGAUUGGUCGAAGAGUACCGUAACUGCAGCUAUGCCCGCAACACCAAGGCCGAACUGGAACGCAUCACCAAUGGCAGAGACUACACAACUCUACACAAGGCCCGCACCAUCACCUACAACAGCUCAUUCCUGCAUCAGCUGAAGUGGGUGCUCAAAAGAACCUUCCGGAACCUCAUGUUGAACCCACAGACCUCCGUGGCUCAGCUUGGCGUCACCAUCUUCCUGGCUCUCAUCGUGGGGGCUAUUUUCUUUGGUGUGAAGGAUGACCAGAGUGGCAUCCAGAACAGAUUCGGUGCAUUGUUUUUCAUCACAACCAACCAGUGUUUCAGUACGCUCUCAGCUGCUGAGCUCUUCAUCACCGAGAGGAAGCUCUUCAUUCAUGAGUACACUAGCGGUUACUACAGGAUCUCUGUCUACUUCCUGUCCAAGAUUCUGUCUGACAUCAUCACUCUGCGCACAAUGCCAUCAGUCAUCUUCACUUGUGUGGUGUACUACAUGAUUGGGUUCAAGCCCACUGCUGGGGCCUUCUUCCUCUUCAUGUUCACGGUGACCCUGGUGGCCUACACCGCCACGGCCAUGACCAUGGCCAUCUCAGCCGACCAGACGGUGGUGGCAGUCGCCAACAUCUUCAUGACCAUCAGCUUCGUCUUCAUGAUGAUAUUCUCUGGCCUACUGGUGAGAUUGACCAGUAUCAUGGACUGGCUGGCCUGGCUGAAGUACUUCAGUAUUCCUCGCUACGGCUUAACAGCUUUGGAGAUAAAUGAGUUUGUGGGUCUGGAAUUCUGCAAAAACCUCUCCAUCACCUCUCGCAUGAACAACUGCACCAUAAACCCUGUCGAGCUGACUUGCACAGGCGAGCAGCACCUGAAGGCCCAGGGCAUUGAUUACUCCACAUGGGGGUUAUGGGAGAACCACGUGGCUCUGGUAGUGAUGACCAUCAUCUUCCUCACCAUUGCCUAUGUGAAGCUGCGCUUCAUGAAGAAAUUCACAUGAUCACAUAGGAUUCAACAGCUCACCCAUUAUGCUGAGUAGUUCUGCUGUUUUGGUAAAUCACACUGCACUAGCAAGAAGAAAUAAAACUGCCCAUGUGUACAGUGUUGAACACAGGGGUGGGGGGUUUACAUUACAACCGAAGUUGAAGUUAUUUGUUCUGAAAUGUCUCCUUUUUCACUUUGAUAUUUAAUCUCAGUAUAAUGUUGCUUUAUUGUAUGUGCUAUUUAUCCUUACAAAUCAUAUUGCCUUUGUUCUAAUUCUAAGCCAAAUGUUUCAAAGUAUUUAAAAAAAAAAGCUGAUCUGAAUCAUAUAUGUGUGUGUAUAUAUAGCAAAUUGAAGUGCCUUUUAUAUUGAAGAUAUGUUUCUGUUUCUUGUGCUUUUUCACAUUUUGUUGUAAAACAAUACUGAAUGUUUUAUUGUAAUUGUUCGCUUGUGAAAUUGAAGUGCAUUUUGUAUUCAGGAUUUUCUGAAAGCUUAAUUUAAGUUCUCUUUUUGCUUUGUGUGUGUGCCCUGGCGUCUGUUUGAACUAAAGCUAUACUGUUCUGACUGGGUAGUGUUGCUUCCUGAUGACAAACUUGCCAAAGACUAACUGUGCAGAAUUGGUCUUUGGUCCAUCUAGAUGUUCUAAAAGCUGUUUCGUGAUUUAGUGGGAAUACAUGUCUGUUUGUUUUUAACACAUCACUUUGAAGUGCUCCAAAUGUCAAAUAUGAACAGGUUAAUGAUGGUCUCAAGGACUCAUUGCUGGCAGAGGUCACUGAGUUCUUGACCUUAAAUCCAAAGGUCUCACAUCAUCCUAAUCUCUCUUAAUCAGUUUAAUCAGUCCACAUCAACAAACAUCAGUCGGUGGAUUAUCAUAACACGAUCUCAUGGUCUGCACACACAUUUCACACCAUUGCUGUUGAAAGCCAAAUCCAGAGAUUUAAACUGAAAUCCUUUAAACCCCCCACGGCUGUUCACACCUAAAUUAUUAGCGAUAGGAAUCCGUUUUAAUGUGAGGAACCCCUGAACUACAUGAAGUUAAAUCACAACUCAAAAUGGUCUUUCUGUGAGAUUUUAUUGAGUAUCAGCACAGUCUCAAGAUAACGUCAGGAAAUUAUAUUAAACACACUCAGGCUUACAUUAAUUCCGCAAAGUACAAAAUAGUACCGACAAUUUCACAUGGG